UUUAAAUAUCGUUGGUUUAUAACGGCUGUAAAAAAUUUGGUUGUCGUGAACGACCGUACGAAUAUCGAAUAUCUUCGUCAAACGUGUUUGAACCACACGUCUUGCAAUUUCUGAAAGGCCGCCGCCGCCAGAAAAACAGUAAAGUAAAAUAUUGAUUAGCCAAGUUAUUUGAAAUGAAAUCACAAUUGAACCGCUGUUGCAAUAUCCAUGAAUCAUUAUUUAUUAUUCCUUUCGACGACACAGCAACGUAUAAUCGACCAAUUAGCCGCCAUUUAUUCUUCCAGUACAACUCCUUCACUUCCAUUUUUGUCUUUUCCUCAUGCGCUCGAUUUAUUUUGUUUGGUAAAAUAGCUUUUAAUUCAUCUGCUGCUACCAAAAUUGUUGAUUCCACUGCCCAUCUUCUUCCAAGUCAUAGCAGCGCCAAAUUUUACAACGUUGUCAAGUUGGGAGAAUGUGUAGAAGAAUUUGACAUGACGAAAAGAGAAGCCAAAUUUGCAUUUCGAUCCACUGAUUUGGGCAGUUGGGAUUCUGAUUUUUUCGCAAGUGUAAGCGACAUCACCAAUUCGAAGCCCAAGACGAUCCAGCAUUGGGCACUGGUCGUUCACUUUCCCAGAGGAAAGAAAACGUAUUUCUUUAAAGCUCGGGCCGACAACGGCCUUCUUCUCGCCUAUCGUGCAGAGGGCGUCGCCUAUCAAGUGUUCGAGAAAGCCACGUACAUCGGCACGGUCGAGACUUGUCCCAGUGAACUACUGGAGAAAGCCAAACAAGUUCCAACAGGAGAGUACGACGUGUUAUUGAAUAACCGUCAAACAUGGCUCAAAGACUUUUUACUUCUCAUUUCUCCCGAAUUGUUGGUAGCGCUACACGAUAAAGUUCCUGACACUAAAACCUACUUGAAUUAUCUUGCCAGAAAAUUUAAUAAAUAAUCUAAUAGUCCGA